UGAGUGAGAGGUUUAGUGCUGAGGUGUGGGGAUGAAAUAGGCUACAUAUCAGCUUACUACCGUAAACAUGAGUUGGUACUUCAUUGUUUAAUAUCCUGGUGUGCUCGUGAGGUUCGGAGUUCACGUCUCUCACUCCUGGAAGUUUAUGAGCUGUACUGGGGUGCUGUGAUCCGAGGGUUUAGGGUACAGUAAUGGCAGAGAUAUGGUUGAAGGCCUGGACACUGUAUCUCACAGUUGCACUUGGUACUUCAGACCCAUCACCUUUACCCCAACAGAAAUUCUACGAGCUUAGAAGGAAUCUCUUGGGUUUGGAUAAAUGCAAUGCCUGCAUUGGAACUUCCAUUUGCAAGAAGUUUUUCAAGGAUGAAAUCAGGUUUGAAGGAUGGCUGACGGCGCAGUCUAAUGGCUCUGUAGCAGACGUUCAGUCAAACGAGGGAAACUAUACAGACAUCACAGCAGGCUGGAGGUCAGUUUUGCUGUCCCGCCUUAUGUCUCCUCACCUGCACGAGAUUUCAGACAAUAGCAUCUGCAGCUCGGCAGGCAAAGGGAAAUCCUGUAGCAUUGAAACCGUCCUAAGGGCCACUCCACGCUUCCAAAGUUGGGUCCGUUCCAACCUACUGCUCCCCAACAUGGUGAAGGGUCUGACCGCCCCAAUGCUGCGCUGCCCGUCUCAAAGGCUGCUGGACCGUAUUGUGCGACGCUACUUUGAAGUGAUUGACGUGGGCAGCGUGCAGAUGAAGCACUUCACCGAAAAGGACAAACUCAGACUUCUUUAUACCCUGGCUGUCAAUCAACACGCCCUCAUACCGCAGAUGUUUCCAGGCACUGAGGGCUGGCCCUUCCUGCGCUAUCACGGCUCCUGUGGAAGGGUGAUGGUGUGGGCAGGCAGCACACCCAUAAGGAGACUGUUUUCCUCUUCGUUGGAGCGCCGUGCUGAUGUAGCAUAUCAGCUCCUUCACAUCACACAGAGUCUGAGCUCUAAUAGCCUCCUGUUCAAUCUCUUCUACACAAAUGUCUCGGAGGAUACAUUCGGCACCUUGGAUGACAGCAGGGUCUUCAUUGUCGACAGUAGUACCAUAGGGAUCAUUGACUUAAAGGAAGGAUAUCCUCCUGAUGAAGGCUUACAGACUGAACACACUGAUGUCUUCUCCUGUCUCAUUGGAUCUUGUGAACAACCUCCUCCCUGUGAAACUGUCCGAGGAGCACAGAGUUUUAUCCUUCUUUGUCAACAUGUGCUCCAUAACCUGCUUGGUCCGAAUGAUGUACAGUCUGGUGGGCUUCCAGAAACAGCACUCCGUGAGCUUGCGAUCUGCGCUGACCAAAAUCAGUCUGACCAGAGAAUAACCAGUGCCGUCCAAACCCUGAAAGACAUUCUACAGUCCCUAAGACCAUGCAGUUCUCUCUAUGGAUACAGGUACCCUGAAUGCCUCUACAGUGACAAAUUCUAGACCACCACAACUAAAGACUCAUACCUGUAAGAGGUGCCACUGAAGAGGAACAAAAAAGUAUUUUAUCAGUAAUGGCAUAUUGCAUUAGUAGUUUCUAUUAACCAAGUACAGGCAGUAAAAAUGCACAAACACAAAACAGUGACUGUUCUUUCAAUUAUAAUUCACGUCUGAGACAAGGACUUGCAUCACAAAAGGAGGAUAUUUUAAUUACGAAGACACCUGUGAUUAAUAACCCAUAAACCAUAUCAAUCUUUACGUUUCUGUACAAUGCUUGCAAAGCAAUUUUAUUCUCGUAUAGAAAAUGUAAAAAGAGAAAUGUUCAAAAUAACAUUACUCCAUAAAAUUUAAUGGCAGGAACUCUGGAAAAAAUAACAGCAUUCCAUCGACAAAUAUUUUCAAGCAAUAAAUAUUUAUAAAUAGUGUGAAUUUACAACAAGAUUAGAAAAAAACACAAAUUAAAGUUUAUUCCUCAGUCUA